AUGAGCGAACAAUUUCAAGUUAGCUUUGUCUUUAUUAAUUCUAAUGAUUCCAUGAUGGCAAGUCGAGUUAUCAGUGAUGCUCAGCCACUCAUUAAACUCCCAUUCCCACCAAUGAUAGAUCCACAUGACCUGAUUGUUUCGCGCCCCGAUGGUCGCGAACCAUCGAAAGCGCCAAACGCUUUUAUUAUCUAUCGAAAAUUGUUUAAUAAAACUGCAAAAGAUAACGGGUAUACCCUCCCAAUGUCCGUGAUUUCUCCUAUAGCCUCGAAAUCAUGGGAACAAGAGUCCGAGAUGGUUAAAAAUGAAUAUAGAAGAAUCGCAAGAGAAGCAUUCUUAUACCGAAGUGAGAUCUGUCCUAAACCUAAACGUGAAGGAAAAAAGAGAUGGAAUAUUGUCUCAUUCGCUCAUUCCGAGCAGAAAACGUCCCGAAAAGUCAAGUCUCAAAAGUCAAUCGACACGACCUCCACACCAACUUUACCCUCACAAAUUUCCGAAAAUGAACUCACUUCAACCAAACCUACCGUUAAUUCGCCAAUCUCAGAUUUAGAUUUGUUUGAUGAUUGGGAGAAUUUCUUAUACCCCCAUCCAAACUUGCCAACUGAAGGUGCCAGCGGAAAUAACACACCCAAAAUCGAUUCACCACAAACAUUCGUCGAAACUAAAGAACAACGAUGUGAUGAUAUCGUAAUCAACGCCCAACAUGCCACCUUCGAUGACUCUCACGGAAUUUGGAUUCUUGAUCCAAAGUAUUUGAAUAAUUUUGAUACCUCUCUCUCGAGUGAUUUCUAUGAACUCCAGCCAACUUUCCCUAAUUCGUUGGAUGUCACAUCGGUGCCAGCGGAUCUUGACAUUCCAACGUUGUCUCACAAUGCUGACUUGAAUGUAUUUAUUAAGAUACGAAAUCAUUCAAUGCUUUUAUAUGAUCUAUGCCAAUAUGUUUUAAGAAAAGCAUGA